UAGGUUUUCUCUCUGCCUAUGGCUCCUCUGGUGAGAUGGAAUGUUGCCACAGCCCCUUCCUAUUAGCCUGAUAUGUUUGUCCAGGUGUCUCCCUCUUCCAUAAAAGAUGGACCUGGCACACACUCAGCAAGUGCUGCAGCAAAGAAAAAUGACACAAAGUGUUUAUUUGAUGAUCUUACUUUUGUAUCUCAGAUUAAUGUUUCCUCUUGCAACUGGAAUUUUUAUGGAGAAGCUUACCAGCAAGUAGCUGUGUACUGAUGAUGUACUGUACACCAAUUCCCUUGCCAGAGCAGAAGAGGAUUUUAAUGCUUCAGACUGCAGAUUCAUUAAUAUUAAGAAGGGCCAAUUGACUUAUGUUUACUCAAAACUAAUGAAUGAAAAAGACUCUGGAGAGUUCUGGCCUGCAAGUAUAAGAGUUGAUCCUUGUGUAUAUGAACAAACUAGAAGUAGAUUAACACACAUGUCAAGAAAUGGAUUGAUAAACCAGCUCAAAGCAGAUGAGGAUUGUUUUAAGGUAUCUAAUUAUACAACUCCUUGCUUGAAGGUUUAUGGAGAACAGUAUGAAGGCCAUAUGGGGACAGCUGGUUAUUUCCCUAGCAGUUUAGUGUCAGAACAACAUGUCUAUCAAGAAGCAAAUAAGACUGUUCCUACAAGGGCAAGGAAUUUACAAAUGCCCAGCUGGCUGCAUAAUUUUACUUGGCUAUGUAAUGCUAAUUUGCUGUAA